AUGGCCUCAUCAAGGUCUCAAGGCGAGAAAGAGACUUGUGAAGUUGUGACAAUCCAAUCCAAUCGAAAUCAAUUUCCGAGCAAAGCAGAAAAGCAGCAAAGCAUUGCACUUGCACAAAUUUCAGUCUCGUCUCUAGGUACGAGUAGCUCAAAUUUCCGUCGAUUCAAUUUGUCGCAUUAUUGCAUCGCCGCAUCGGACUUUACACUAAAAUACCUUACCUACCUUAAAGGUCCUAAACACAACAUAAAGGGUGCUUUAAAGAAAGAAGCACAAGCCAAAAGGUUUCGCAAAGGAAAUUCAUCCAUUUACGCUCGUGCCUUUUUGCCCUUUUUUUAA